UAGUAAGAGUAACGACAGAGAGGGAGAGGGAGAGGGUAGUCAAUACUCAAUAGCUUCCGGUGUACUUCUGUUGUUCCGUGAUUCCUUGUGUGUGUGGGUGUGAGCGAGCGAGAGCGAGAGCGAGAGAGGAGUGCGAUGGAAGCGUCGCGGCCGCCCAACGCCACAGCUCCCCGCGCCGUUAACGAGAACGGCUCCGCCGUCGCCAACGGCGGCGCCCCCCGCCCUGCCUUACCCCCAAGCAAGGCGGGCCCACCCGUGCAGUACCGCCCGCCCUACCGCCCCCAUCCACCGCCCCCGCGGAGGCGCCGCCGUCGCGGCUGCUGCUGCGUCUUCUGCCUCUGGCUCACCCUCUUCCUCAUCGCCCUUGUCUUCCUCGCCGCGAUCGCUGCCGGAGUCUUCUACGUCAUCUACCGCCCCCAGCGCCCCUCCUUCAGCGUCUCCUCCCUUCGCCUCGCCUCCCUCAACGUUUCCUCUUCUGAUCUCCUGACCUCCCGCCUCGAUCUAUCCGUCACAGCCCGCAACCCCAAUCGGAAGCUCUCCUUUGACUACGGCGACGUCGCCGUCUCCGCCGCGUCAGGAGGGAUCACGAUCGGCGAGGGAACGAUCCGGGGCUUCGUCCAAGACACUGAGAACACCACGGUAAUCAAGGUCAACGUUUCUAGCUCUGGGCGGAGCCUGGACCCGACGGAGGCGGCGGAUCUGAGGAACAGGAAGCGGUACCCACUGGAGAUCGAGAUCGACACCAAGGCCGGGGUUAAAAUCGGUAGCUUCAGGUCGUCCCGCAUCGGGAUCCGAGCAUCGUGCUCCGGGAUUGAGGCGUCCGUCACGAGGGGCAACGCCACCGCCGCUUCCAGUACCGGAACCGCCAGGUGCAAGGUGAAACUCCGUAUCAAGAUCUGGAAUUGGACGAUCUAGUUACCAAUUUUAGUCGACCCAAUUCCGAUUAUUAGGCGAAACAAAUUAAGAGAGAAUUUUUACAUAGUUUUUCUUCUUUUUCUCUUCGAUCGACGUACAGUUUCUUAUAAUUCUCUCUGAAUAUCUAUCUGAUUCCAGUCGUUUAAUUC